AGUGGGCUCAAUAAGUAGUCUCUCAAGCGAAAUGUGAUGACGGUAGUGCUGGCGUGUUAUACCGACUGACGACAGCGGCCUAGUAUGCAAGCAGGUCUGAUGAGUGUAGAGACAAGGAAGACCCCGGGCUGCAUGCAAGCAAUUGUCACUUCCAUUUUGAUUACUAUGCUCGUACCCGUGAAGAGACCAAGCGUGUAAAAACGUGUUGCACAGCGACACUGUUGAGCUAGCACAGCACAAUAUGCUUUAGAAUGGCAUGCAGGAUUGACGAGAUGGUUCGCCAACAAGCGCGCAACUUGUGGUUCAAGUUGUUGGAGAAUGGACAAGUCCAUCGCAUAUGCAGUGACUGGGUUACUGUACACCCGCAUAUGCAUGUCGAUCCGGGCAUCAUCGCCACAUAUCAAGUCCAUCGUCUUGUAGCUUCGGAGGAAGAGGGCCGCAACGAUGCCUGCGGUCUGAAACACUGCCGCGCCAGCAAUCUGCAGAUGCCGCACGAAGUCUUGUCCAAGGCCAAUUUAGCCAUGAUGUUCCUCAACGCCCAACCGAACGUCAGCAAUUUGGCCCUCGUGACAAAAAAGAUGACAAGACCUUUGCAAGGAAUCAAGACAAAGGUUGCCCAGGAACAGCGAGCACAUGAUUAUGGGAGGUCGGAAAAGCAUGUCGCUGGAUGUUGUCUCUGUUGGAUUCAUGCAGGUUAUUAUCCGCGCAGUCAACUCGGGGUUAGAGGCUCAUCGCUUGUGGCUGUUAUUGGUGGAGAAGACGCAAGGUGCAAAUUCCAAAUUCCAAAUUCCUCACGACCUACCUAGGUAGGUACCUGCCUAGGGACAGUAUGUCUUUGUUUGCCGCAUUUCUAAACAAAGACGAGCGUCUAUUAUGUGAUAUUAUCGGCGAGUCUUCUGCAAAUGCCGAUCAGAUGAACUGACUGCCGGCUGCAUGCUGAGCUCUGACGAUUGUGGUGAUUAUGUGGGCACAAAAUCGUGGCGCCGCACAUACAAGCAGAUGGACAUGGACGUGCUCGGCGUUAUAGUGCGCGCUCGCUACGGGUGGACAAGCGAGAUGAAA